UUCCAGUGGUUGUGAUUGCAGUCUGGAUCUGAAAAGGGUGCAUAAUUAGUGGGCCCGAUUGGCGGAAGAAUGGGGUAUUCCACAUGUAAGAGUAUUCAUCGUACCAUCACACUAAAAGAAGUUUAAUUUUUGUACUUAUUGGUAAGCUAUCUCAUCGUCCUGUUAGCCCACAUAUCCGGCCGACUGCACAAUUAACUUGGCCAAGCUUAUCGAAUGCUUAGCACAUUUCUGUUCCCAAUCGACCCUCUCCAAAGUGCAGACAAUUGGCCAAAACUUGCACACCUCAUUUUCCGUUUCCGGCCAAAGCAAGCCUUUUCCACCGUAAGGUACAAAGCCCAUUAACCACCCGGAACCUAAAACCCAUCCCUCCUAGAAUCCGCAGUCGCGUGUGCGUGAGUCCGUUGUGGAUAUUGCAUUGGAUAUAUUCCGCACUUGGCGCCAUGUGAAUGACCCAAAUAAUCCAAACAAACUGAAAAGUUUUCCGAAUGUGUAAACGUGGCUGAAAUGGUGUAACUUGCCAGUCCCUGUACCCAGUUCCCUGUCUCUGUCCUGCCCCUGCCAUUGAGCUCGUUUUCACUUGGAGCAUAAAUUGUAGCAUUGUGUGAUGUUAUGUUGAGGUAAAUUCCUCGGUGCCAUGCAUCGGUCUUCCCCAUCCCCCCUGUUUUUCCAGUUGUUAGGCAGAGGUUGUUUGGUGGGCUCCCAGGCCAGGCGCUUCUCCGAACUCUAUGCUUAGUCCUUCGAAGGCUCUGACUGAGCACGGUUGCUUCGGUCCGGUGGAGUUUCUGGAGUGCUUGGCUUGAACAAUGCCCAGUGACAAUCAUUUGCAUCACCACCACUUGGGACACAGUGGUGGGCUGUCGCCCCAUCAUCAUCAUUUGUUGGAUACAUCCUGUGGCACUGCGGGUAUCUCAGUAACCGAGCACCAUCAUGGUCUGGACAUAACCACCACUUUGCGCAGUGAACUGGCUGCUCUGUCCUACAAGAAGGAACGGUUAACUGGAGAGCUUGCUGAAACGAGAACUGCUUUGUGCAGCAAGGAUGCGGACAUCGAGAAUCUACGUUCGCAGGCUGCCAGACAAACGGCCCUCAUCGGAUCCCUCCAGAGCCGCCUCCAAAAUGCGGAGAGUCGAGAGCAGGCGGUACAGGCCAGGUGCGAUUCCACUAUCCAGACAGUGCAGCGAGAGAAGCGAAGCUCCGACGAGAGAAACAAGGAGCUCAUCUGCAAGAUCCAGCAUCUGGAGUCGCAUGUGGCCAGCGAGGAGUCCCACAAGGAACAGGCUCAGGCCCAGUUGCAUGACCUCCUCCGGCGCCUGAGCAUAAGCCUUGGAUUGGGGGUGGAGGUGUGCGAGGGCGGCCCGAAGAACGCCCAUGCUACGCCCGAGUGCAUCGUAUCGCGGGCCGAAGAGGUGAUGGUGGAGCUGCAGCGAGCCAAGGCCAAGAUCAGCUCCACCUGCGACACCCUCAGCUCCUGCGAGAACGAGCUGCUCAACCUCAAGUCAUUGGCUAACAUCGAGAAGCAACGUCUGACGGCACAGUUGGAUGGGGCUGGAAACCACAAUCACGAGCUCGAAGGACGUUGCCGGCAGUAUGAAAGGGAUCUGCAGAUCCAGAGGGAUCGCCUCACGGAGUCGGAGAUCAACGGAGAGAAGCUCAAGGAGGAGCUACGGGGCUUUGAGUCGCGCUGUCACAGACUCCAGAACAACCUGGACAGGAUUCAGGGCGAUCGACUCCAGUUCUUGAGGGGACUAAGCAACAUGCUCAAUGUUCCCGAGCCCUGCGAGACUCUCAUAAAGGAGAAACUUAGGGAAACUCUGGCGGAGAACCAGGCCAUGCAUGCGCAAAUGCAUUCUCUCCGAGAUCAGCUUACUUCGGAGCACGAGAAGCUAAAGGAGACCCAACAGACGACCGAGUGCCGCCUCCGCUCUGGGGAGGCACAAAAAUGCGAGCUUUCCGAGCGACUGGAGAAGUGUCACGCCGAGAUUCAUACGCUACGGAAGGAUCACAUGGGCCUGUCGGAGUUCCUACAGCGCCUGGCCACCGCUAUGAACUGGAGCGAAUGCUCCGCCCCGCCUGCUUUGGGCGCGGACACCAAUCUGAUGGCCGAGAGUCUGCUGGAGCGGGCCGAGCGUCUGACAGCCCAUUGCGAGCACGAGGUGUCCCACCACCACCAUCAUCACCACUCGCCGGAGAAGGGCGGCUGCUGUGAUCACGCACACCAUGGCCAGGGGAAGCUGCGGCGGGAGAGGUCGUGCCACGACAUUCCUCUAAAGGAGAGCAGCAGUGUCUACAAUCUGCAGCGCAGGGUGCGCGUGCUCAGAGAGCAAGUGCAGCGACGGGAUCUACAUCUGGAGCUCCUGCGCCGCAAGUUGGCCAUCAUCGAGGACGGAGCCCGUGGAAAGUGCAUGCUCCAGGGCGAGCGGGAUGACGCGGUGUGCCGCGCCAAGAAGGCUGCCAAGCAGGUGGACAAGUUGAGCGCCCAGCUGGCGGACGCCCGAUCCCAAAUCGCGGAGGUGAAGGCUCAGCUGGCUGAGGCCGUGGAGUACAAGAUCACCUCGCUGGAGAGGGCCCGCAAGAUCGACGAGCUGUCUACCCAAAUGUGCGACCUGGAGGAUGAGAAGACUCGGCUCCUUUCCCAGCUGAAUGCAAUGAAGGAGCGCUUGAAGUCCUCCUGUGAGUCCAACCAGAAUCGCCGGUGCCGCGAUGAAGCGUUGAUUAAUUCCAUGCGCGACGAUGUAAACCGCCUGAGCUCGCAGCUCUCGGAUGCCAACCAGCGCCUGUCCCACCUGCAGUCCUUCCGCACCUCGGUGGCAAGGACCCUGCAUCUGAGAGACCUACCGGAAACCGAUCUGUUGCAUCGCCUCCAGGCCCUGUGCUCCGCCCAUCAGGAGUUUACGCUAUUGUCAAAACGGUACGAGGCCGCUUCCCCCGUUGGGGAUCAUCCGUGUCCGCGGUAUGACGACCCGAUACCCCCCACCGCCCACUGCCGACCUCCCAGGGACCUCAGUCCGCCGGGCUUCCACCACAAGACCCCCACUCAUCAUCCGUCAGAGCACCAUCAUGGGUCGAACAGCCACAUCCACAACCACAGUGGUCACGGGCAUGGACACGGACACGGACAUGGAUCUGUAUCCGGAUCCCAUGCCAGACGGCAGCGCAGUAAGAGCAGGGACAAGCGGCUCCACGACGAGUGCUUCGACUCGGAUGUGCAUCGUCUGCACCAUGGCUGCAAGGAGGAGCUUCUGGCCACCGGAUCCGAGGACGACUUCGACUUCAAGAGCAAGUACUGCUGAGAGGACUCUGAGAACUAAACCCAUCCGCUAUGCAUUUAUAUAUUUUCUGAAUAAAUUGCUAAUCAAAAUUUAUGGGA